AUGUGCUAUAGAAGUGAAGGUACAUUCAGUGGUGAUGAUACUUUUAAGCUUUUGGUUGUUGCUCUGUGGUCUACCGCUGUAUACAUAUUCAAGCAUUAUUCAUUGAUCAGCAAACAAAAUACAGGAAAAACUGGCGUACGAAUAAUUGGAGUAUUCCGCCCUGUGUUUCCGGAGCUUGUUGAAGAAAUAACAUUGCGAUCCAUGAUCAAAACGGCUGCGGCCAGUAUUAGGUUUACUUCGAAUAAAGAACGUUCCCCGACUAAAGACAGGAAACAUUUAGGUUUUACUCAAACUAUAGAAGAUAGCUUAUAUUUAUGAAUAUGAAAAUAAUUGCGGUAAUCUUUUUUUUUGAACUGUAUAGAUAACACAUCGGUAUUUGUUUGUUUUAACCGAGCUAAGCACCAUUGUUUCGGGUCUUUGUCUUGUACGAAAGCUCGUUUGGUGGAUUUUUCCAGUCGAUAUUUAAGCUGAUUUGUUUGUUUCUUUUUAAUGCAGAUCCGAU